CCACUUUUCCUUCCGCUUUGCCGGUCUUCUGGCCCUGACGCCUCGCCAUCACCCGUGCGGAGGCGUUCACUAGCUGAGGGGAUGGCGACAGGGACGCCAGAUUCGCAAGCGCGAUUCGGUCAGUCCGUGAAGGGGCUUCUCACGGAGAAAGUGAACACCUGCGGUACUGACGUGAUCGCGCUCACUAAGCAGGUGCUGAAGGGCUCCCGGAGCUCCGAGCUGCUAGGUCAGGCAGCUCGAAACAUGGUACUACAGGAAGAUGCCAUCUUGCACUCGGAAGAUAGUUUAAGGAAAAUGGCAAUCAUAACAACCCAUCUUCAAUACCAGCAAGAAGCUAUUCAGAAGAAGUAAGUAAUCCCAAAGUGUUGAGCAGUCAUCGGAUCUACAGGAUCAGUUGAAUCAUCUGUUGAAAUAGAACCGUUUAUAAGAAGGCUUUGCCUGAUGCUGAGGAGGAAAUAUCUAACAAAACCAUUGUAAUGUGGGGUUGAUUUUCCAUUUUCUUCUCCAAAAGUUAAGUUAGAAAAGAUUUGUGAUGAUGUACAGUUUCUCCUGAAAAGCAGCUAGAUGGUUGAAUUUUGGAAGCAUUUCUUGAAUCAGACUAACCCAUGCGCAUAUUGAAGUUUUAAGUUGCUCUGUUUUUUCAAAGUUGCUCUAUUAGUUUGAUAUUAAAGCAAAGUUAAAAGAUGUCUUCGCUUUUCUCAUAGAACUUUAAUGUCAAAAGCCAUAUUGUCUAAAUGUGACUCUUAAGCAAAUACUGAGUAGUGUGUUACAUUCAGAAAUAGAGCUUCUAUUGUGAACAUGUAAGAAUAAUUAAUAUUAUUUUUAAAGAUAUUUUAUUUAAAUCAUA